GGGUGGAUAUUUUGAGUGAUACAGUAAAUAUGGUUUCGCUUUUGGGCCGGACUAAAUCAUACAGCCUGCCCAACCGUAACGUGUAGGUUUUUUAUCUCAUUUUCAGCCCAUCAUCAUUGUUUCCGUUUUUACCCUUCUCCCUUCGCCUAGACUCACAAAUACCCUAGUGGUGAAAACGUCAAACCACAAGGGCCACAGUCCUCCAAUCCAUUAAAACCAAACCCUAAUAGCCUUCCUCCAAACUCCAUUUCCGCCGCUGGAAAACCCCUCAAUACAAAUCACACACAUCCGCCGCCGCCGCUGCCUCCAAUGACGACCCGCUUCAAGAAGAACCGCAAGAAGAGAGGCCAUGUCAGCGCCGGGCACGGCCGUAUCGGCAAGCACAGGAAGCAUCCCGGCGGUCGCGGUAACGCCGGAGGUAUGCACCACCACCGGAUCCUGUUCGACAAGUACCAUCCUGGGUACUUCGGCAAGGUCGGUAUGAGGUACUUCCACAAGCUGAAGAACAGGUUCUUCUGCCCGAUCGUCAACAUCGACAAGCUCUGGUCGAUGGUUCCUCAGGAGGUCAAGGAUAAGGCCGGAAAGGAUGGUGCGCCGAUGAUUGACGUCACUCAGUUCGGCUACUUCAAGGUGCUCGGAAAGGGAGUCUUGCCGGAGAACCAGCCUAUUGUGGUGAAGGCGAAGCUCGUAUCCAAGACAGCCGAGAGGAAGAUCAAGGAGGCCGGCGGAGCCGUCGUGCUUACUGCCUGAAAAAUGAGUAAUUUUGUUUUCCUAGGGUUUCUUCGCUUGUUAUUUGGGAUUAAGCUUUUGGAACUGGUGGUUAUGUUUUGUUUGUGAAUUGAUGGAAUUUUGUCAUGGAUGAUAUUUGGUUUAUGCAAAGAUAGAUCUACAUUCUGAAAUCUGCUUUGUUGCCCCUGAAUUCUCUGUUCUUGAAAUGGGGUGGCUUGCAUUUGCCCUAGUUUGAUUGGAUUCUUUUCUGUAGGGGGUUUGGAAUUGAUCGAUAAUUUGGGUUCAUUCCGACUUGGAUUCGUGACCAGUAGUUGUUUUAGGGAUUCAGUCGUGAUCUUGAAUGGUUUUGUAUGUGAGGCUAGAUGUGAUGUGUAUGAGAUGUUGAUGUGAUACUAGAUGAGUGAAGGAGUCGAGGCAAUGUGGUUUGGUUAGGUCCCUAAGAAAAUGUUGUUUGAUCU